CUGUCACUGUUCUUCCUCUCUAAUGGCUACCAAUUUUCUAGAUCUGUAACGGGUAACCACCAUAUAAGCAUGUCCCCGCCAUUGUAGCCCCUCACAUUCCGCCUCUCUCUGUCUGUCAUUCUCACGCUCUUGCAUCUUCUCAACGCCCAACGAGCCAUCUUACAGAGCUUUGUAAUGGUGAAGAUAUGCUGUAUUGGUGCUGGAUAUGUGGGCGGUCCCACCAUGGCCGUGAUAGCAUAUAAGUGCACCGAGAUUGAAGUAGCAGUUGUCGACAUCUCUGUGCAGCGGAUUAGUGCAUGGAAUAGUGACCAGCUCCCGAUCUACGAGCCAGGCCUUGACGACGUAGUCAAAGGGUGCAGAGGAAGGAACCUCUUCUUCAGCACAGAUGUGGAGAAACAUGUGUGCGAGGCCGAUAUUGUCUUUGUUUCUGUCAACACCCCCACCAAGACACGUGGUCUUGGGGCUGGCAAAGCUGCAGAUUUGACAUAUUGGGAGAGCGCUGCUCGCAUGAUCGCCGAUGUAUCAAAGUCUGAUAAAAUUGUGGUGGAGAAGUCCACAGUCCCGGUUAAAACAGCUGAGGCCAUUGAGAAAAUCUUGACUCACAACAGCAAGGGGAUAAAGUUCCAGAUCCUCUCUAAUCCUGAGUUUCUUGCUGAAGGUACUGCCAUUGAAGACCUGUUCCAACCCGACAGGGUCCUCAUCGGAGGUCGGGAGACCCCAGAAGGCAAUAAGGCAGUCCAGACCCUGAAGGAAGUCUAUGCCCACUGGGUCCCGGAGGAGCGCAUCAUCACCACCAACUUAUGGUCUGCUGAGCUGUCAAAGCUGGCAGCCAACGCAUUCCUCGCGCAAAGAAUAUCCUCUGUCAACGCCAUGUCAGCUCUGUGUGAGGCGACCGGAGCGGAUGUUUCCCAGGUGUCGUACGCUGUUGGCAAGGACACGAGGAUCGGUCCCAAGUUCCUCAGCUCCAGCGUCGGGUUCGGCGGCUCCUGCUUCCAGAAGGACAUCCUCAACCUCGUCUACAUCUGCGAAUGCAACGGGCUGCCCGAAGUGGCUGAGUACUGGAAACAGGUCGUCAAGAUAAACGACUACCAGAAGAGCCGGUUCGUCAACCGCGUCGUUUCCUCCAUGUUUAACACCGUAUCGAACAAGAAAAUCGCCAUCUUGGGGUUCGCCUUCAAGAAGGACACGGGAGACACGCGGGAGACUCCAGCCAUUGAUGUCUGCAAGGGGCUUUUAGGGGAUAACGCCCAGAUAAGCAUAUACGACCCACAGGUGAGCGAGGAGCAGAUCAGGAGAGACCUGACGAUGAACCGGUUCGAGUGGGACCACCCGCGGCACCUCCAGCCGGCGAGCCCCGGCGCAGAGAAGAAGGUGAGCGUGGUGUGGGACGCGUACGAGGCGACAAAGGGGGCCCACGCGGCGUGCAUUCUGACGGAGUGGGACGAGUUCAAGGGGCUGGACUACCAGAGGAUGUAUGAGGGGAUGCAGAAGCCUGCUUUUGUGUUUGAUGGGAGGAACAUUGUGGAUGUGGGGAAGCUGAGAGAGAUUGGGUUUGUUGUCUACUCCAUUGGUAAGCCUCUUGAUGCCUGGAUCAAGGACUUGCCUGCUGUUGCUUAGACCCUGUUUGAGAUUCAACUGUUCUUUUUUUAAUUUUAUUUUAUUUUGAUUUCUUAUUUGUAGUAGGGUUUACACAAAGUCCCUUUAUUAGUUCCACUUGUGAAAAGGCAAUAACUGUUACUCCUGUUAUUGUGUUAUUAUUCUUAUAGAGUCUUAUACAGUACUUUCACCACAAUUGGUUGUGAAUUCAGACAACUCUGAAUUGAGAGAGUAAUAAAACAUCGUUUGUUGG